AUGGCAGAGGAGGAAGAAGUGAACCCCAAGGCUUACCCUUUGGCCAAGGAAGCCCUUACCGUGACCAUCUUGGACUUGGUGCAACAAGCAGCCAACUAUAAGCAGUUGAAGAAGGGGGCAAACGAGGCCACCAAGACUUUGAACCGAGGAACUGCUGAGUUGGUGAUCCUGGCCGCGGAUGCGGAGCCCCUAGAGAUCUUGCUUCACCUGCCCUUGGUGUGCGAAGACAAGAACGUGCCGUACGUCUUCGUGAAGUCCAAGACUGCUCUAGGGCGAGCAUGUGGCGUGUCAAGGCCGGUGAUUUCCUGCUCCAUCACUUCGAAGGAAGGUUCCCAGCUGAAUACUCAGAUUCAGGCGAGACCGAACUUUGGAAUCAGCACAUACGAAGGUGCCGCCAGUACCUCGUGCGCCGCGACCAGCCACAAAGCCUCAUUCGGCAGGUGCUUUAGCAAAGGCUACCUGGUCCCGGCGGCCAAGCGAAGGCAGGAAUGCCCAGAGAACCAGGCGAUCGAAGUGGGGCCUGCACGAAGGCUAGAGUCGACGGUGGCGGACAACAAUGAUUUCCGCCGUGGCCAUAUCCUAGGGGCAGAAGCUAGCUCCUUCAAAGGCAUCCAUUGGAGCAAGGUGAGCAACUACGAAGCCACGAGCGAUCGGCCGGUGGUGCGCAAGUCCUUGCUGCGCGAGAUGCAGGAUGCGCCGCAGCACUUGGAAUGGCUGCAGGCCCAUCCACCUCCAGGCUACGAGGAACGCGAUUACUCCAGACGGAACGUGUUGGCACGGGAAGCCAAGGAGGAUGAGGAUAGACACUUGGACCAGCGACCGCAGGGAGUUGCUGGUUAUGGCCGCCGCAAUGUGCUGACUCGUGAGGUGGCCAAAGAUGGCGAUACUGCGAACAUGCCACGACCAGCUGCCAUUGAGGCUGGCGGUGCACCUGUUUUCAUUCGCCCGCGGACCCUCGUCAAGGUGAAAGGCCUCCAAUGA